AACGGUUCCGGCGUGGAAAGCGCCCGGGUUGCUCUUGGAUCUGUAGGGACAGAGGCACCGGAUUAGGAGCGACCUGACUCCGAGAAAGGACGUGAAGGCAUCUUUAUCUGAGAAGUCCUGGGCGAAGGACCAUGUCGACCGUGGUAGCUCAGUCUCUGCAUGUCUUUGGUCUUCGAGCCCAUGUGACCAACAAUGUCUUCUUCUUCGAUGAGCAGAUCGUUAUAUUUCCUUCAGGAAAUUACUGUGUGAAGUACAAUGUGGAUCAGAAAUGGCAAAAAUUUAUUCCAGGCUCAGACAGGAGUCAGGGCAUGUUGGCCCUGGCCAUAAGUCCCAAUCGGCGGUACCUGGCUAUCUCCGAGAUGGUGCAAGAAAAACCCCUCAUCACCAUUUAUGAGCUGUCGACCGUUCCAUGCCGGAAGCGUAAGGUCCUCAAUACUUUUGACUUCCCAGUUCAGAAGUUUACGACCAUGGCUUUUUCUCCAGACUCCAAGUACCUCUUGACUCAGACCUCGCCUCCAGAGUCCAACCUGGUCUACUGGCUGUGGGAGAAGCAGAAAGUAAUGGCCAUUCUUAGAGUCGAUUCUCAGCACAACCCUGUCUACCAGGUGAGCUUCAGUCCUCAGGAUAAUACUCAUUUGUGUAUCACUGGAAGUGGGAUAUUUAAGACUCUACGUUUCGCUGAGGGAAUUUUGAAGCAAACCAAUUUUCAGAGGGGAGAACCUCAAAACUAUCUAGCCCACACCUGGGUGUCUGAGGACAAGAUCAUUGUGGGCACAGACACGGGCAAGGUCUUCCUCUUUGAAUCUGGAGACCCACGCUGGGAGACCAACAUCAUGGUCAAGGAAGCCAGCCUAGAUAGCAAGAACCUGAAGGUGGUCAGGGAAUCAGAGAGCCUCAUCCACUUUCCAGGCCUCAGCUCCCCGGAGGCCUCCGCAGAGCAGGUGAUGCCCAGCGCCAGUAACCUGCAGCUGUCCCUGCCCCAGGUGUUCGCCGUGGCUUCCUACUCCAAGGGCUUCGCCUGCUCGGCGGGGCCAGGGAGAGUCCUGAUGUUUGAGAAGACGGAGAAGAACUUUUAUCGGGAGAGCAGGGAAAUCCGGAUUCCCGUGGACCUUCAGAGCAAUGACCCGAGCCAGUCUGACAAGCAGGAUAUCCUCUGCAUGUGCUUCAGCCCGUCUGAGGAAACCCUGGUGGCCAGCACCAACAAGAACCAGCUCUACAUCAUCACCAUGUCGUUGACGGAGAUCAGCAAAGGGGAGCCUGCUCACUUCGAGUAUCUGCUGUACCCAUUACACUCAGCAUCCAUCACCGGUCUUGCUACUUGCAUCCGCAAACCCCUCAUUGCUACCUGCUCCCUGGAUCGAUCCGUACGCAUCUGGAAUUAUGACUCCAAUACUCUGGAGCUCUACAGGGAGUACCAGGAAGAGGCAUACGCCAUCGGCCUCCACCCCUCGGGCCACUUCGUCGUCGUAGGGUUUGCGGACAAACUGCGUCUCAUGAACCUGCUCAUUGAUGACAUCCGUUCUUUCAAAGAAUACUCUGUCCGAGGGUGCAGAGAGUGCGCCUUCAGCAACGGCGGCCACCUGUUUGCCGCCGUCAGUGGAAAUGUGAUUCUCAUUUUCACCACCACCAGCCUGGAGAACAUCUCAAACCUGAAAGGACACACAGGGAAGAUCCGUUCGAUCGUGUGGAGCACCGAUGACAGCAAGCUGAUUUCCUGCGGCACCGACGGCGCUGUCUAUGAGUGGAACUUGUCCGCCGGGAAGAGAGAGACAGAAUGUGUGCUCAAGUCCUGCAGCUACUACUCCGUCACCGUCUCCCCCGAUGGCAAGAGCAUCUUCGCUGUUGGAAGCGACCAGACCCUCAAGGAGAUUGCCGAUUCCUUGGUCCUUCGAGAGAUACCCGCAUUCGACGUCACGUACACAGCCAUUGCCAUCUCCCAUUCUGGCCGCAUGAUGUUCGUCGGCACCUCGGUGGGGACCAUUCGUGCCAUGAAGUACCCUCUGCCUUUGCAGAAAGAGUUCAACGAGUACCAGGCCCACGCAGGAGCCAUCACCAAGAUGCUGCUCACCUUCGACGACCAGUUCCUGCUGACCACAGCCGAGGACGGCUGCCUCUUCACCUGGAAGGUCUUUGAUAAGGAAGGCCGGGGCAUCAAGCGAGAGAGGGAGGUGGGCUUUGCCGAAGAGGUGCUCGUGACGAAAACGGACAUGGAAGAGAAGGCUCAGGUUAUGUUGGAGCUGAAGACGCGUGUGGAAGAAUUAAAAAUGGAGAGCGAGUAUCAGCUGCGACUGAAGGAUAUGAACUACUCAGAGAAGAUUAAGGAGCUCACAGACAAGUUCCUCCAGGAAAUGGAGACCUUGAAGACGAAAAACCAGGUCUUAAGGACAGAGAAGGAAAGACAGGACGUGCUCCAUCAGGAGCACAUGGACGAGCUCCUGGAGAAGCAGAACCGGGAACUGCAGGACCUAGAGAGUUGCAACAACCAGAAGCUGCUGCUGGAAUACGAGAAGUACCAGGAGUUGCAGCUCAAAUCCCAGAGGAUGCAGGAGGAUUACGAGAAACAGCUUCGGGAUAACGACGAGAACAAGAACCAGGCCCUGGAGGAGCUCACGGAGUUUUACGAGGCCAAGCUGCAAGAGAAGAGCACCCUUCUGGAGGAGGCCCAGGAGGAUGUCAGGCAGCAGCUUCGGGAGUUUGAGGAGACCAAGAAGCAGAUCGAAGAAGACGAAGACCGAGAAAUCCAAGACAUCAAAACCAAGUAUGAGAAGAAGCUUCGAGAUGAGAAGGAAGCAAAUCUGCGCCUCAAGGGAGAAACCGGCAUCAUGAGGAAGAAGUUCAACACCCUGCAGAAGGAGAUCGAGGAACGGACCAACGACAUCGACCUGAUGAAGGGGGAGCAGGUGAAGCUGCAAGGGGUCAUCAAGUCCCUGGAGAAGGACAUCCAAGGCCUCAAGCGGGAGAUCCAGGAGAGAGACGACACCAUUCAGGAAAAGGAGAAGCGAAUCUAUGAGCUGAAGAAGAAGAACCAAGAGCUAGAGAAAUUCAAGUUUGUGCUGGACUACAAAAUAAAGGAGCUGAAGAAGCAGAUAGAACCUCGGGAGAAUGAGAUCAAAGUGAUGAAGGACCAGAUUCAGGAGAUGGAAAACGAGCUGGAGCGUUUCCAUAAGCAAAACACGCAGCUGGGGCUGAACAUCACGGAGCUGUGGCAGAAGCUGAGAGCCAGUGACAAGGAGCUGCGCCGGGAGCAGCAGAAGCAGCGGGAUACGGAGGCGCUGGUCAGGCGCUUCAAGACGGACCUUCACAACUGCGUGGCCUACAUCCAGGAGCCCCGGCUGCUCAAGGAGAAGGUCCGAGAGCUGUUUGAGAUGCACGUGCAGCGGGCAGACAUGGUGGAGAUCGCAGGGCUAAACGCAGACCUGCAGCAGGAGUAUGCCCGGCAGCGGGAGCAUCUGGAGCGCAACCUGGCCACACUCCGCAAGAAGGUGGCCAAGGAGAACGAACUGCACCGCUCUGACUACGUCCGCAUCAUGCAGGAUUGUCGCCCUGUGAUUUGAGCUCUCUGGAGUCUCUCACCCUCGCUCCUCC